AUGGUAAGAAAGGGGUUAUCUACUGGCCGCCUUUCCACACAAAUAUCCGGCGACCGCCCGUGGAUUCGUGUCAGCCGCACUGGUGACACACGCCACGUCAUCCAAUGUAUUCGCCGCCCAUACCACAUUCUUCACUGUCAAAGAGGACUGUCUCGUCGCCAAAAGUAUGGCACAAUCCUGUUUCUUAUCGUGUGCAUUGUCCGGUUGCUUGGUACUCCACACGAAUCCGGCGGUGCCCGUCGCGGAGCCAUCUGUCCAUCCGAAUGA